UGGCCCUCAGAUUUUUCUGGAAUUGAGGUGAUUGUCAACCAGGAGACACCGUAUCAUCGCGAUCCAGGAGCAUCACCAUCAUUUUAUGACCUUUUGGUGAGCCUCGGAAAAGAUCACCAGGCUAUAUUGGAUCUGCCUGACGUGGGUGCCGAGCUACAAUAUGACCCU